AUGGGGAACUCAUAUAGCGGCGGUGGCUCGGCGUCGGCGUCAGCGUCGGCGGCACUGGAAGUGCCGCUGCACCUGUGCUUCUUCCUGCUGGUGCUGCUCCUCUUCCUGGGCUUCUCGUGGUACACGAGCUACGAGUCGGCCGCGGAGUCGUUCGCGUACCAGGCUCGCAUCGUGCUCAUGGCGUCGCCGUUCGCGCUGCUGCUGGCCGUGCGGCUGCUGUCCAGCGUCUCCGGCGAGGGCGUGGGGGUGGGGCGGAGCGUGGGCGACCUGCUGGCGGUGCCGAUGCCCGAGCGGGACUCCAUCCACCGCGCCGGCGGGUCGCCGUGGGGCGUCGGGCUCGGGCUCCUGCUCCUGCUGCUCCUCGUCAUGGUCUCCUACCAGUCCAACUUCCGGGAGAAGUGGUUCCCGCUCGUAAGCAGGUGA